AUGGCCAUCCAGCAACAUUCACCUCUUGAGCUUGAACCAUGGAAUGACUUGAAUGGCAAAGUGGUGAUGGUGACCGGAGCCUCAGCGGGGCUCGGCCGUGAGUUCUGUCUCGAUCUCGCUAGUGCUGGAUGCAAAAUCAUUGCUGCAGCGCGCCGAACCGAUAGGCUCCAUUCUCUUUGCAACGAAAUCAAUCAAGUUGAUUAUUCAGUCUCGUCGUCGAUAUUCGGCCACGCGAUCUCCCCCAUGGCGGCGGUGGAGAGCCGCCGAGCCGUGGCUGUGGAGCUUGAUGUUUGUGCCAAUGGAAAGAGUAUUGAGGAGAGCGUAAGAAAAGCUUGGGAUUCUUUUGGAUUCAUUGACACCCUGAUUAACAAUGCUGGUUUAAGAGGGAGUGUAAAGUCUCCACUUGAAUUGAGUGAGGAAGAAUGGGAUCAUACAAUGAGAACAAAUCUUAGAGGACAAUGGUUGGUAUCAAAACAUAUAUGCAUACUCAUGCACAAAGCAAGUCGAGGUGGAUCUAUUAUCAAUAUUUCUUCGAUUAGUGGUCUCAAUAGAGCAGUACAAACUGGAGCCCUAGCUUAUAUUACUUCAAAGGCCGCCUUAAACACUUUGACAAAGGUUAUGGCCAGGGAAUUAGGUGCACACAAAAUUAGAGUGAAUUGCAUAUGUCCUGGACUAUUUAAAUCUGAAAUUACAAAAGAUCUGAUGGAAAAAGAUUGGAUUAAAAAUGUAACAAGAAGAACGAUCCCGUUAAAAACACAUGGAACUUCAGAUCCAGCACUAACAAGAACCGUUCGAUAUCUUAUCCAUGACUCUUCUAAAUAUGUAACGGGUAACAUCUUCAUUGCUGAUGCAGGCAACUCUUUACCUGGUGUCCCAAUCUUCUCAUCCCUUUGAAUAUCUUUGCUUCAAGUUCAUAUAAUU